CAACUGCAUUAUCAAUAACCAUCGCAUUUAUUUCCAAUUCACAAAAUUCAUUUCACAUUCACAUCCGCCAUGGAACUCCGAGCUCCCACCCCUGUUUCUCCACCUUCACUCAUCCGAACCCAAUUAUCCAAACCCAUUUUCACUCUUCCAUUUACUCCAAACAAACCAUAUUCACCCUUAACCACUUCAACCCAAUUCCAAAAACCCAAAUUCAAGACUUUAACAGCCAUUUCUCCAUCUGUUUCAACCGAACAAGAAACCGAAACCCAUGAUCAAGAUGAGAAAUUCGACUGGUAUUCUCAGUGGUAUGCAGUCAUGCCAGUGUGUGAUCUGGACAAGAGGGCCCCACAUGGGAAGAAGGUGAUGGGUCUUGAUGUUGUGGUGUGGUGGGAUAAGAAUGAGAAUGCAUGGAAGGUGUUCGACGAUAUGUGUCCUCACAGAUUGGCUCCACUUUCUGAAGGAAGGAUUGAUCAGUGGGGUAGGCUGCAGUGUGUGUAUCAUGGCUGGUGCUUUAGUGGCUCUGGUGACUGUAAAUUGAUCCCUCAAGCUCCCCCUGACGGUCCUCCGGUUAAUACGUUUAAAAAGGCGUGUGUUGCGGUUUAUCCAAGCACCGUGCAAAAUGGAAUUGUUUGGUUUUGGCCCAACACUGAUCCGCAGUACAAAGAUAUCCUCACAAAGAAGAAACCACCAUCCAUCCCUGAACUCGACGAUCCUUCAUAUACAUUCCAAAUGUUUAACCGAGAAAUACCAUAUGGGUAUGAAAUCCUGGCUGAAAACCUCAUGGACCCUGCUCAUGUUCCAUAUGCACAUUAUGGAAUAUUUAGGGCGCCACAGCCUAGUGUUAAGGUCGAUCGGGAAGGGGGUGCCCCCAUAGAUAUAAACAUAGAUCCGAUACACAAAAAUGGUUUUACCGCAAACCAGCCAUACGGCGGAUCGAAAUUUGUCGCUCCUAGUCUACAUAUCUCAUUUACUGAAAUUCCAAAGGGGAAAUCAGCACAACCACGACGGUUGUUACUGAUCUUUAUAUGUAUACCAGUGAGCCCGGGUAACAGCAGAUUGAUCUUUAUUUCCGGAAGAAACUUUGCUGUUGGGAUCGAUCGAAUUGUUCCCAGAUGGACGUUCCAUAUUAAUCAGAAUUUGGUUAUUGAUUCAGAUUUGUAUCUUCUUCAUAUUGAGGAGAAGAAACUGAUGAAACCCGGUUUUUCCAGUUGGGAAAAAGCCUGUUUCGUGCCAACUAAAUCAGACGCGAAAGUGGUUGCGUUUAGAAAGUGGUUAAAGAAAUAUUCAGGCGGCCGAAUUGACUGGGGAAACAAAUUUAAUGAAUCUUUACCGCCUACACCGCCUAGAGAACAACUUAUGGACAGGUAUUGGAGUCAUGUGGUGAACUGUAGCAGCUGCAAUGGUGCGUAUAAAGGUUUGAAGGCUCUUGAGGUGGCUCUUCAGGUGUUUUCGGUUGCUGCAGUGGCUAUGGUGGCUGCAACCAAACAAGGGAUCAUAUCGGUUGCUGCAAGGAAUUCACUUGCGGUUGCUGCAGUUUUGUGCUUUGUGGGAUCAAAAUGGGUGGCUUAUUUUGUUUACAAAAACUUCCAUUUUCAUGAUUAUAAUCAUGCUUUUCAAUGAGACUUGUUUUGUCAUAAUACAUUGAUGUGAAGAGGUCUUGAGGCCCGUAUAUUUAUUAAAGAUCAAUAAAGAUAAGGAUAUAUAUUUAAUAUUA